CGCCAGGAUCGUUACGUGGUCUUUAAAUCGCAAUCAGUUCAACCAACCACUCAUGCAUUCUUGUAAUCACUGAUCAUCCCUUACCGCGGUGUAUCCCCCUUCAACUUCUAGUUAACGUCCUUCAUCGUGAAUGCUCCUGGUCCUCUACAACCUGCGUAAGCUCGUCGCAACACCCACCAAUCCGACUAAGCCGUCUUCUAACAGAGUGUUCGAGGUCAUCUUUACCCCACCUCAUUUCCAACUCCAUUUCACUAUCCUUCCCAAACGGCCAAAGUUUGUCUCUCAUUCACUAUACGUCAUGACAACCCUCUUCCAAUCUACCACUGAACCCCCCACAACCCAACCUGAUGCUGAUUUCGAACCUGGCGAACAAUGGAAGAGUCGUCUCAAAGUCGAUAUCGAGAACGGCUUACGUUCCAUGGUAGACGAAGCUAAACAGAAGUUAAACGACGCAUUGAAGAGAGCCAUAGUCACCGCUGUCGAGCGCGAACGCUUGACCGAAGAAUACCUCGCCACAAUGAAGAACAUCCGUAAUCUUGCCGAGGAGCAAUUCCGUAUCGUCCUAGAACGUGAACGCCAAGAACGCCGUUGGGCCGCCCAGGCCUUAGAUCAGGAACUGUCAGAUUCUGUGAUAAAGGAGCAACAAGCCAUUCUCGACAAGAUUGAAAGAGAACGCAAAGAUAAAGCCGCCCAGCCUUCUUCAUCCUCUUCACAGCCUAUCGCAGAUCACUCAGAAUCUCGUUCUAGCCGUUCUCCAGAACGUGGUUAUUGGACCCCACAAGAGCACACGGAACAUGAGCACGAGGCAGGGUACUUCCCUCGUUUACCGAACAGAGAGCCCGAGGAAGACCACGUACCACCACCUCGCGAUACCGGCAAGGCUCGUGCUGGGUCUGUCAGCAGCAGCGGUGUCGGAUCAUAUAAACCACCGUCCACGUUGGAUACAACAGACAGAGGUUUUGAGCGCCCAAAGCCUUCACCCACCAUCGACGAACUAGACGACAUGCCUAGAUCUGCUCGUUCAGCUACGGAUGCUCAGGACAGUAUCAGACGCGGAAGCCUUCGCCGCAAAGCAAGCAUUUCCACUAGACAACUCCCAGAAUUCUGGCUCCCUUCUAUCACGCCUGAACAAGAUGCCCAGAUGUCCCGCACUUUCAGCAUGGCGCGCCGUGGGAGCACAGCGAGCAACACCUCUUCCUAUCGGGCACCAUCAGUGCUCAACAUCCCGUUUUCUUCCGAACCCCACGAUAUCAUGCCCAGCAGUGCGAUGGAAAGAGAGAGAGAACGUAUUUCGGCUGUGGAUCAGGAAUGGAGCUCUAUUGAAAGAGCAAAGGAUAGAGAGAGGACCACGUCGUACACUUAUGCUCAGGCUGAAGCUCGAGCUAGCGUAGCAGCUACUCCUCAGCGAUUGGACGAACGUUAUCCACCGUCCUUGUCUGCAGUCGCACCCAUCUCAAGCUCUGCCGUCCCUCAGGAAUGGAGCUCUAUUGAAAGAGCAAAGGAUAGAGAGAGGACCACGUCGUAUACGUAUGCUCAGGCUGAAGCUCGAGCUGGCGUAGCAUCUACUCCUCAGCGAUUGGAGGAACGUUAUCCACCGCCCUUGUCCGCAGUCGCGCCCAUCUCAAGCUCUGCCAUCCGCCCCUCGGACAGCCCAAUAUCCAUAGUCCCCAUCGCAUAUUCUCGCCCCUCGGACAGCCCGGUCUCUACAGCCCCCAUCGGGUACACCCGCUCCUCAGACAGUUCCCGCCCACACGCGCCCCCACCAUCAGCCAGCAGACCCAUCGCCACCAAGAAAUCAUUCACGUUUGAUGAUGGUGGGUUCCAGUCUAGCCCAAGUCCCAAAGGCUGGACCGGACCCUCCCGCUCGCCGUAUGACACGCGCUACGAAACCUCGCGCUCUCCCCAGACGCCAGAAGAAGUCCCGCGGAGUUGGCAGUCGUCCAACUUGCGCGCGAGGCUGUCGUCGCAAGACAUGCGCUAUGGGUAUAGUGCGGGCGAGAGUGGGUACUAUCCUGCUCGGCCUGUGCAUACGCAUCAUGAGGUGUCUGAGGGGGAGUAUGAUGUGGAUCUUGAUGAUGCUGAUGCUGAGUGGCGGGAGUAUGAUGAGCGCCGGGUGCGUCAGAGAGAGGACAGUUUUAGCUUGAGGAGGAGGGAGGAGGAGGCUAAGUUGAAGGAGGACGAGCUUAGACGCAAGGAAGAGGAAACGAAGCGCAAGGAGGAGGAGACUAGACGCAAGGAGGAUGAGAUUAGACGCAAGGAAGUGGAAGCUGCGCGGAGACAGGAAGAGGCUGAUCGGAAAGAGCUCGAGAUCCAGAUAAAGGAGGAGGAGGCAAGGAAGAAGGAAGAGGAGACCAAACGCAAGGAAGACGAAAUCAAGCGGAAGGAGAUGAAUGCGAGGAAGAAAGAGGAGGAAGUCAGGAGGAAGGAAGCCCAUGCCAAGAAAAGGGCGGAAGACCUCCGAAGACAAGAGGAGGAAGUGGCAAGGCGGUUAGAUGAAGAAGAGAAACGUGUCUCACUAGACAUUAUGCGAAAGUCUAUGGAGGCGAAACGCAAGGAAGAUGAAGUUAGACGCAAGGAGGAGGAAGCUAGGCUCAAAGAAGAGGCAGCGCGGGCCAAGGAGGAAGAGAUCCAGAGGAAAGAGGAAGAACUUGCGCGACGGGAGGAAGAGCUGCUUCGCCGGGAAGCAGAGGCGAUCCGCAGAUCAGACGACAAGCAGAAAGUUCAACAGGAAGAAUUUCGGAGGCGCGAGGAAGAGAUAAGGCGCCAGCGCGCGGAAGAAAAGAAGAAGCAAGAAAGGUUCGAAUGGGAGUCCUGGGGUUAUUAUCCACCGGAGCCUAGUCGACCCACGCCGCCGCCUCCCCAGAUGUCUACUUCUCAAUCUCAAUCUUCUCAGUCUUCUACAGGACCUUGGCCGAUCCCCAACCGUGGCGAUCGUAGCAUGCCUGGACCAAGUCCGCCCACAGAUAAGAGCAGCUCCGGAUCCACCAGCACUAGUCGUAGUAGUGCCGCCUGGACGUCCUCGACUAGGCCGAGCUCGACAGCUAGCUCGCAGCCGCCGCCGAGCACACCUAAGCCACCAACGCCAUCAGCUCAGCAGAACGCCAAAGCAUCACCCGGUCCCCCACCUACCCCCUUUUCAGAAGCGGAGUUCCACCGUCGUCAGGCUGAACAAGCUCAGCAGCGCGAGGAACAGUUCCGCCGGGAGCAAGCCAAGUUAGAGCAGGAAAGACUCUUGAAGGCUGGAAAGGCCUUGGGCAAGCAGGACACUAUCAAGCUCUUCGAGCACCAUCGUGGUCAGUGGGAUAAAUUAGUGUCUGGCAUGUUGGGCGUUUUGAUAUGGGACGAUUUUCCGUGGCCUGUGUUCAAACGGCCAAGCGGGCCCGAUGACGUGACUCCUCCUUACAUCACGGCCUACAUGCUGUCGGCUCUGCAUCCUGUCGACAAGCCUCCGAAGGACCGCAUCAAGGAGAACAUCAGACGGUGGCAUCCUGAUCGGUUCGAGACGCAGCUACUUCCGAAAGUCAAGGAGAGCGAUAGAGACAUCGUGCGAGAAGCUGCUGGUACGGUAGUCAGGGUGCUGAACGAUCUGUUGCGCUCUAGCACGCAAGAAUUUUCUUGAGGAACUCGGACACGGAGUAAGCACGCACCUUUUCAGUGUUGCAUGGCUUGUGGGAGUGCUGAUUGAUGUUUUGAUGUAGCUCUUUCACUUGUAUGAUACCCGCUCAAUCAUUUGUAUGCUUGGAUAACAUGGCUUAUGACACUGUAUAUGAGAAUUGAAUAUUCAUGCUGUUUUUUUAU